AAAUCAAUAUACUCCAUGUGGGCCAUCAAUGAAUCAUUGAAAAUACUACCACAUACUUGUACACAUUUCAAGGUGGAUAGAUAUUUGGAAAAAUGCUUGUCUUUUGUUAUCAAUGGAACAGGGUGGACUCUUGUGAAUUUAGUUAAGACGUUCAUUGCUCCAUCGGACACCAAUCUUUUGAUCUUUAAUGGUAUACCAUACGACCAACUACCCAUCGUCAAUAUCAAAGCAACUUACAACAACACUCACAUAUCGGUUGCUGAUCAUACCGGGAGAACUAUAGCACGUACCUCAUGUGGAACAGAAGGAUUCAAGAAUGCCAAGAAAGGAACCGCCAUUGCUGCUCAAACAGCCGCUAUCGCAGCUGCUUCGAAAGCUUUGGAUAAAGGAAUGAACACAGUUCGAAUAGUCAUCAAAGGAAUCGGACCAGGUCGUCAGACCUCUAUCAAAGGAUUACAGAUGGGUGGACUCGACAUAGUUUCUAUUACGGACAACACGCCUGUCCCGCACAAUGGCUGUCGCCCUCGCAAGGCAAGGAGAUUAUGAUCGGGGAAUCAGCUGAAACUCUUCGCAUUCUGCAGGUUUGGUUGUCUGUUGGGGGCCUUUAACCGUAAUGAGCCCCGGAACGCCGCGCACCAAUCGCUUCGUGACGAGUGAUCGAUGCUGGGCAUGAUGCAAGAAACAGAUGCCAUACAGAUGGGAUGCAUCAGACUGGUACCACGUUCCUGCCUCAUUAGAAUCGCCAUACAUGCCACUGUGAGGGCUUAUAAAGAAGAGUGGUAGAGACUGGUGUAUUACCAUCUUAAAUCAUUCGCAAGCAAGGUCUUUGGUAUUGGUGAUAUCCACCAUCAUUAUUUUUCUUCACUUCUUUCAUUACUGCAUUGCGAUGAAAAAUCGAAAUUGCCUAAACCUCAAAAUGUCAGUUUCUUGAGAGAUUCAUUUCCUCAGCCAGAAUUAGUUAUCUUUGCGAGAAUGGUUUUUCCCACACACUGAGUGCAUAUGAAUAAAUCAAAGAUGCGUUUUAUAGCCCUUGGCAAUGUAUCAAACUUGUGGGCUUUUGUUUUAAAACUCACUUUUACAUAAGAUGUGAAUCUGGAUUUCUUCUCCCUUUUCUGUUAUUUUUUAUUUUAUUUCAAAAGUAUGAAUUCAAUCAGAUAUCAGACGUAGUUUUUAGUAUUUACAGAGUAUAGAUUGUUGAGAAGUACCUGAAAUUGUUAACAUCAUUACAUGUAGAAUAUAUAUUAUUUUGACCAGCACAAUUCGUAGCAGAUUCUGCUAUUCACGAAAUGUGCAAAUUCUCCCUUGUAUAUAAUAAUAAUAAUAAAUGAAAUAUGAAUCAAAUAUUGUA